GGCAAUUAUGCGGAGUACAUCUCGAUCAUCACAAGAGGAAUAAAAUAAGUGGACAAGAUGAAAGCUACUCUGCUCACUGUGGUGGCACUCACUGCAGUGGCUGCUCUAGUUGGAGCCGCCGAUCCUGAAUGUAUCUACCGGAGGACUAGGAAGCUCCCGAUGCACUGGCCCAAGCCCUUGAACUGUUCCUCCUACUACCGUUGCACCACCAAGAACGCUGUUCGCAUGGUGACGUGUGCGCCGGGCAAGGAGUACAAUCCCAAGAAUGGCAAGUGCAUUACCGCAGGACGAGGUCUGUGCAAGCUGAGUCUUAUAGCUCCACUUGCUGAUUCCACCAACGUGUGCUCCACCGAGGUGAACGGAGCCUACAUAGCCAAGAGUGGAUCUUGUGGCGAGUUCUUCAUCUGCGACGAGCAGUAUGCCUAUCCACAGAAAUGCGAUUUGGGCAGCUACUUCAAUGAAACCCAGGCUGCCUGCGUACCGGAUACAAGCACCACGUGCUGGCAGAACCUGUGCAUUAAUCAGACCACCAGUGCAUAUCUGCCCAAUGAGGCGAACUGCGGUAGCUACUAUGAGUGCUCCGAUGGAGAGGCCACUCUUCAGACUUGUCCCCAAGGCAGUUUCUUCAACACCUCAGCUGAUGCCUGCACUGUCGAUGAAGGAAACUCCCAGUGCUGGGUUAACUUCUGCAUUGGACAGACUAAUGGGUUCUCUGUGGCCGACAAGUCCAACUGCUCCAUGUUCUAUGUGUGCUUCAACAAUACGGCUACCGCUCAAGAAUGUCCCGAAGGAAGCUACUUUGAGGACAACAACUGGGGUUGUGUUCCCGGCACUUGCACUACGGAGGCACCAUGCGAUGACUCCACAACCACCACCACUGAACCUUGUGAUGAGGUGACCACGGAGCCUCCGGCAUCCGGCGAUUGCGGUGAUAUAAAGAACGCCGACUUCAUUCCCGACGAAGAUAACUGUCGCAAGUACUUCAUUUGCAUUGAUGGUGUCCUGGAGGCCGGGGAUUGCGGCAAGGGUAACUUCUUCAAUGCCACGCUCAGUGUUUGUCAGGUUGACGCAGACAACACUUGCUGCGUGGCGGAUUGCACGGAGGGAGAUGCUCAAGUGGAUCCCCAGGACUGCACCAAGUACUUCAAGUGCCAAAGCGGCGACUGGACUUCCGUGUCCUGUGAUAGUGGCAGUUAUUUCAAUGCCACUCUGAGCUGCUGCCAAGUGGAUGUGAACAAUGUGUGCAUUAAUGCAUCGGGCACCUCAACACAGCGUCCCACAACUUCAACCGCUAUUGCCAUUAGCAAGUGCAAUGCCCGAGACCCUCCAGCCAGUGGAAAGAACUGCUGGACCUACCAGACCUGCAUCAAUGGCCAGUGGCAGGAUGGCACUUGCCGCAGUAACACCUACUUCAACGCCUCCGUUGGCAUUUGCCGCGAGGAUACCGACAAUGUCUGCCCGGAGAACAGAUCGAGUGGGUCGCGCCAGAAGAGGAGCGUGGAGGACUGCACCUGCGAGGGAGGCAUCAAGCAGGGAGCCAUUGUAGGUCACUCGACCGACUGCGAUAAGUACCUGAUCUGCGAGAACGGAGAGUUGGUGGAAGGUGUGUGCGGCUUUGGCAAUGUCUUUCAGAGUUCCAGCGGCACCUGUGUUCCGGACACCAAGGCCACCUGCUGGAUAUGCUCCAACAAGCCGAAUGGCUACCAGAUGGCCAGUGCGAUCGACUGCACCAGCUAUUUUACGUGCUGGAAUGGCCAGGCCACGAAGCACACCUGCGGAUCCGGUGAGUGGUACAAUGCCGAUGGUAUGUGUGCCAUCGAUGUGACUGGCAAGUGCAUCAACCCAUGCACCUCCUGCGGCGGCAACGGCAACGGCGACAGCAACGUGGCCCAUCCCAUCUGUACCAAAUACUUCCAUUGCACGGACGGAGUGCCCCAAGUGGUGGACUGCGCCUCUGGAGAGGCGUUUGAUUCAGCAACCGGCCAGUGCUCCACUACCGUGGAGUGCUCCGCCAAAAAGUGCGCCACCGCCAGUGAUGGAACCACCUACCCAGUCGCCGGAGAAGAUGGCCAGUUUUACGUCUGCCUUGACCACGAGGCCGUUAUAGAAUCCUGCCCGGCCAACACAGUAUACAUCGACCUGGGCAUAUGCCAGCCCCAACCCAGCACCGAUUGCGAUCAGACCGUUUGCAACGCUACCACUUUGAACUGGACGUAUCCUUCUCAGAACAAGGAUUCCUCGACCUUCUGCCUGUGCGAGGAAGAUGGUGGAUAUAUCAAGUCCUGUGCAGCCGGAUUGUUCUACGACGAAGCUGAAGGAGCCUGCACUUUCUCCGGAAACUGCGAUCCCCGGGUCUGCACCGGCAAGUUGGAUUUCUACGUCUCUCCGGACUUCGAGGACCAGAACAGCUUCUGCUUGUGCCGCGCUGGAGAUCCCAUCUCAGUUCCCUGUCCCAUUGGCUACACUUUCAGUAGCGAGGACCUCGAGUGCGUCCUCAUUCCACUGCCAGAUCCACGUUGCUGCGCCAAUGGCUGCGUAGGAAAGACGGACUUCUCAACUUUUCCGGCCAAUGAGGGUACCGAUGGCUUCUGUCUCUGCGUGGCCGAGGUUCCCAAGUACAAAACUUGUCCGAAGAACGCCGAAUUCGAUGCCGAGCUAGGUGCCUGCAUCUCCACUGGGGAGGAAACCACAUGCCCUGUGAAUGCUUGCGAUGCCGAUAUUUGCGAGGACGCUCUGGAGUACAGUACCUUCCCUGUUUCGAGUGAUCCCUCCGCAUUUUGCUACUGCGACAACUUCUGCCCCAUCUAUAAAACCUGUUCCAAAGGUCAGGUCUAUGACGAAUAUCUAAAUAUUUGCACGGAAGCAGAGGAUCCUUGUAUUGCCAGCAAGUGCAAUGCUCAAAAAUGUGAAAGCACUCCGGACUUUACACCAUAUCUGCCCAACGAAGGAACGGAUGGCUUCUGCUAUUGUAUUGGCGGCCUUCCCACUUAUCGGGCAUGCGAGGAAAACGAGGAAUUUGAUCCCACCAUGGGAGCUUGCCUAGCGGUUGCGGAUGCCAGUGCGCGCGCCCUGUGUGAUGCUGACCUAUGCGCCACCUUGGGCAAUAACGUGCCCUUCCCAAAAAACGCGGGCGGCCAUGAAAAUGCUGCCUUCUGCUACUGCCAGAUGGGGGUGGUGGCCUUGGCACACUGCAGCCCCGAAAUGGUGUUCGAUGAGCAGGAGGGACGCUGCGCAGUUCAGGCUGCAUCCGUGUCCGUUUGUGAGCCGGGUAAGUGCGACAGCUCGGAUGAGUACAAAACAUACGCGGCUCUGAAUACGACUGAAGGCUUCUGCCUGUGCGUGAGCGGAGCUCCUGUGUUCAAGAGGUGCCUCAGGGACCAGAGCUAUGACAGUUUUCGGAGAACCUGCCUUUCUGCCGCCAAUAUCGGUCAGUUCGGCCUUUGCGAUGACAGACGAUGCGGCAGUCGCGCCACUUCCACUUUUGCAGCAUUAAAUACGACGAAUGGAUACUGCAGCUGCCAGGAUGUGGGCGUGUCCACCUUCAUCCGUUGUGCGGAUGAACAUAUUUACGAUUCGAGUGCGGGAACUUGUGUGGUCGAGGCCGAGAAGGAAGCCACGGCUAUGAUCUCCUGCAACCUGAAGGAGUGCCUGAGGCGGGGCCAAUACGAGCCUUUUGCCGCCGAAAACACCAGGUCCGGAUUCUGCUCCUGUGACGAUACGAGGCGCGUUAGUGUCACCUAUCAUCCUUGCGGUGAGGGCGAAACCUUUGUUCCGGAACUCGGUACUUGCGACAGCCACAGCAUCCAGAAGCGUUCCGUGGAGUCGGAGGAAAACACAUGUAUCUCGGAUGAGAAGCGCUCGGUACCAGCGAACUGCUCCCAGUACGAGGUGUGCGUCGAUGGUCACUGGCGCCGACGCACUUGCUCCGACCAGCGAUACUACAAUCCGGAGCAGCAGAGAUGCCUGGAACCGCGUGAUGACUUGGUCUGCGCCUACGCAAGGGUAUCCCAUGUACCGACCUGCAGCAGCAUCAACGAAUCCCUGACGAUUCCGGCCAAAAGCGGCAAUUGCCUGCAAUACUUCCGCUGCUCCGGCGGCAAAUGGCGACUGCGCAACUGUCCGAGACAGCACUACUACUCCUCGUUGAUAGAAUCGUGUCUGCCAUUCCCGCGGGGUCAUGAGCAGGACAGGAAUCAAACUAUUUGCAAUUGGGCGAUGAGCAAGCAAGCUGGUAAUACCUCUGAAGAUUGCCAGCACCUGGCAGUGCGUCCCUCUUUGGCGGGCGGCUGUCAGAGCUACCUGAUGUGCCUGGACAACUCCUGGUGGCUGCACCAGUGUCCCUUGGGCAUGUACUUCAGUCGGCAGCACAACUACUGCCUGCCCAAUGAUGCGGGGAUGUGCUUCCUGCCGGCAGAGCGGAGAGGAAACUGCUCCAACGGAGAGAGCAGAUCCGUGGUGGGCAGCUGCCACAGCUACGAACUGUGCUCGGGUGGCCAGUGGAGGAGGAGGCGCUGCCAGGAAAGGGAACAGUUUGAACCCAUGCUGGGCUGUGUGCCCAGCGAUGGAAGCUGUCAAGACAAUGGGAUGCGACGCAUCUGCCAGGAGGGGCAACUUCAGGCUCAAUUCGGGAACAACUGCUCUCAGGGAUUCCUAUACUGUGAGGCAGAGCAAUGGCGUCUGGGCAGCUGUUUGAAGGGGCACAGUUUCGCUAGGAAUCGCAACAAGUGUCAGUUGCAGUCGCAGUGCCAACUUCAGCUAAGGGAUCUUCCUGCGGAAAACCGGUGUGUGGGUCAAAUGGAUGGGCUUAGUGUCCCCGAUCCCACAGAUUGCACUCGAUUUUACCUAUGCCUGCAACAAGUUCCUACCAUCCUGCAGAGCUGCUCCUCUGGCAGCUUCUUUGACUCCACCCAGGGAUACUGCCGACCGAAUGAUGGUUCCUGCCAGCUGGCGAUUUGUUCCGGACAAGAAGAUGGCAAGCUGGUGGCUCAUCCGGAGGAUUGCCGCUCCUACUACAGCUGCUCCCGCCGGAAUGGAACUAGUCUAGUGCAAUGCGAUGAGGGUCAGUACUUCCACAGUUUGCUUUCCAUUUGCCGCGCUGAUCAUGGCCAGUGUCGAAAUGUUCCCAAUCAGGAUGACACGGAAACUGCACCCAGAUUGUGCUCCGGACUUCAUGGAGCUAAACUACCUCACGAGCGGUACUGCAAUUUGUACUACGCCUGUGUCAAGGGACUAGCCUUUCCCGUUGAGUGCCCACUACAACAUCAAUUUAAUCCGGUGCUGUCCAUGUGCGAACCGGAAUCGCAGGCCGUACAGCCGUGUCCAAGCGGUCACCUGGAUGGAAACGUAAGCUACGUUUAUAGCUGUGGCGACCUGCAGGACGGCACCUUCCUGGCCAAUCGGACAGACUGCACUCGGUACUUUAUCUGUGCCGGAGGAGUGGCCACUGCUCAGCGAUGUGCUGCAGGCUCCUUUUUCGAUUCGGCGCAAUUACUCUGUCUUACGGAUGACGGCUCCUGUCCGCUGGUGGAAUCAGUACCCGAUGAUGAUGACAAACCCAACAACCAGCACGUGCCUCCAGAUCCGGUGGUUUGCGAAGGCAAGCAUGGGUAUAUAAUGCUCGAUCCGGCCAACUGUAAUAAUUUUUACCUCUGCGUUUCUGGGAAACUCCGGCAUGAGCUUUGCUAUACGGACCACUUCUUCAAUGCCACAUUGCAGCAGUGUCAGCCCUAUGAGAUGACCUCUGAUGGGAAUAACCAGACAGAAAGUCCCUUACAAUUGCGGCAGAUAGAACCUGGAAGACAGGAGAGCGCAGUUACAAAUGGAAGCUGCAAGGAUGCACCCACCUCUUUUGUCGGCAUAUGUGGAGUCAUCGGAAAUGGUGCCUCCGUGGCGGAACAGGGUGAUUGCCGAAGGUAUACCAGUUGCGAGGACGAUGAACCCGUUUCCCAGCGAUGUCGCAAUGGCGAGAGUUUCGACAGCCUUCUGGGAAUCUGUCGACAAAGCGAUGGAACCUGCCUCUUGGAGAACGGCGAAAGAGUGGGAGUCUGCAACGGAAAGCACGGACAACUGGCACGGGAUGCGGACAACUGCCGGGGCUACUUCACCUGCGUUCAUGGCCAGCAGAUCGACGGCGAGUGCGCCCAGGGUGAGUUCUUCAGCCGGGUGACCAGCAGCUGCGAAGUGGAUGUCCUGCAACAGUGUAAAAGUGAAGCAGACGACGUUAUCAUCGCCGAUAAUCAGGGUUAA